AUGAAAGAACAUAUGAUAUAUAUAAAUCAAGAGAAUUUAUCGUUAGCUGUUAAAAUAGUUACGCCAACAUGGGAAUCGAUUAAAGAAGAUUUCGAUUGGUAUUGUACAAAAAUAGAAGAAACAUUUUUUCAAAAUGAUACGACUAAAAAAGAAUUAUUUACACUUCCUAAAUUUGAAGAAGAAUUAACUGAUGAUGUUGUAAAUAAGAGACUUUUUAAACAUUCGAGUGCUGUUUUGAAUUUCAUGGAAUGCAUUGUGCAAUUCAUGAACGGAAACGAAGAAACGAAACCUGUUUUAUUCGUGCUUGGAAGAAAUCAUUACACGAUUGGAGUAAAUGAAAAACUUUUUUUAGAAAUGAAAGAUGCUAUUUGUUCUGUGAUUAAAUAUAAAAUAGGUACGGAAAAUGCAAAAGCUUGGGAUACAAUAUUGCAGUACAUUCUAAUUAAUUAUGUAUUCGAAGGAAUGACCAUGAUUGAUCCUUUUACAAAUGCAUAA